AUGUAUGCAGACACCAUUAUGCCGUUUAAUGGUGAUCCUAGUAUGCUAAACAGUUUUCAAUCAGCCUGUGACUUCCUUUUUGCUACCCAUAAACAAUCAAAUGAUCCAAUUUCAAACAACUAUCUCUUGAGAGCUGUUAGAAUGAAAUUAACAGAUCGUGCUCAAAUAUUAGUAGGAAGCAGAAUGGAACUCGAUUGUUGGGAUCAUAUUAAAGCUGUUUUAUUUGAUUGCUUCGGUGACAAAAGAAAUUUGGAAUGCCUAAAACAAGAUCUGUUUAUAGCAGUACCAAAUAAAAAUGAAAAUCCAUUAGAUUUUGCUAAAAGAUUACAAGUUUUACGUAGCGCUUUAGCUCAAAAAAUCAAACAACUUUUCCUGACACUCAUAUGGAUGCAGCCACUAAAAUAA